ACAUCAAUAAAGUCAAUCAAUUGUUGUAAAUAAAAAGUGAUUAAUAAUCACUGUGUUUACAUAGACUUAAUAAUUUACUGCACAGAAUAAAACAUGGUGUACAAGUGGGUUGUAUUUUUUAUAUUAUUAUUAAAAAGUAACGCUAAGAAUAUUAAAAAAAACAAUGUAUUGUUAAUUUUGGUUGAUGAUUUGCGUCCUGCAUUGGGUUGUUAUGGAGAUUUAAAUGCUUACACACCAAAUAUUGAUAAAUUAGCUGAAAAAAGUGUUGUAUUUACUCGAGCUUAUGCACAGCAAGCGCUGUGUGCUCCAAGCAGAAAUUCACUUUUGACAAGCCGACGACCUGACACUCUUCAUCUUUAUGAUUUCUACAGUUACUGGAGAAAUAAAAAUAAUUACACAACUCUUCCGCAGUAUUUAAAAAAAAAUGGAUACGCAACUAAAUCUAUUGGAAAAAUAUUCCAUCCAGGUAUUAGCUCGAAUUAUUCCGAUGACAGUCCUUACUCCUGGACAGAUGUUCCUUUUCAUCCAUUUACUGAUAAAUAUAAAAAUACUCCAGUUUGUUUUAAUAAUCAUGGCAGUGAAUUAGCCCGCAAUCUUGUAUGUCCAGUAAAUGUUACAUCAAUGCCUCGUUCUACUCUUCCAGAUUUAGAAAAUCUAAACGCUGCAAAAGAAUAUCUGUCAAACUAUUCUAAAUUAAAGCCAUUUUUUUUAGCUGUCGGGUUUGAAAAACCCCACAUUCCGUUUAAGUACCCCCAAGAAUAUUUAAAAUUUCACCCACUCAGUAAAUUUAAAUUAAAAAAUUAUUACUGGCCGGAAAACAUCACCAGCCUUGCUUACAAUCCAUGGAUUGAUUUGCGACAACGGGAUGACAUAAAUAAUCUAGAUUUAAAAUUUCCCUGGGAAAAAAUUCCUGAAAAUUUUGCUGCUAAAAUAAUCCAGUCUUAUUACGCAGCAGUGUCUUACAUUGACAGUUUAGUGGGUGAAUUAUUAAAAAAAUUAAUUGAUUUAAAACUUGAUAAAAGUACAACGGUGAUACUGACGUCUGAUCACGGGUGGUCACUGGGCGAGCACAGUCUCUGGGCAAAGUACAGUAAUUUUGACGUCGCUGUUCGAGUUCCUUUGAUUGUUUCAAUUCCGAAAAAAACUAAAUCUAAAGUUUAUGUUAAAUCAAUUGUUGAACUGGUGGAUUUAUUCCCGACAAUUGCUGAACUUGUAAAAUUACCAAUUGACGUUUGUGGUAAAGUUUAUUCAACUACAUGCAGCGAGGGGAUAAGUUUUCUUCCAGUUAUUUCAGCUUAUAAAAAUAAAGUAAUAAUUAGAUGGAAAAAAGCAGCAUUCAGUCAAUAUCCACGACCAGGAUUGACCCCAACAUGGAAACCAAACAGUGAUGAGCCAAGGUUAAAUAACAUAAAAAUAAUGGGGUAUACAUUACGUACUGCGAGAUAUCGAUACACUGCCUGGAUACCUUUUAAUUAUACCUCUAAUUGGGACAGUAUUAUCAGUCAAGAGUUGUAUGAUCAUAAAAAUGAUCCCGAUGAAAUGAUAAAUCAACAAUCAAAUAAUAAUUAUUUAAAAAUAAAAACUAGAUUAUUUAAAUUAUUAAAAUCAGGAUGGAGAAAAGCAUUACCUUGAAUAUUUUAUCGAUUAUAGCAAAUUUUUAUUUUUAACGAACAAAUAUGUUUAUAAUUAUUAAUAAAUAUGAAAUAAUUACUUCAUUUUGACAAAACAACAAUAAAAAAAUUUUUU